CCCAAAAAUAAGCGCCGCGCCGCACACUUCCUCUCAGAAUGGCUUCCUCCUCCUCCUCCUUACUCCACCCCUCCCUCUCCUCCCUCUCCCCUAAACGCACCGUUUUGUACCCAACCCCCUCCCCAAAACGCUCACUCUCCGUAACCUGCACCUCCUCCACAUUCGAUCCCACCCCCACCAACUCCCCCCCACCGCAGCCGCCCCCUCUCCGCGCCCGCGCCGCCGAUGAGAACAUCCGCGACGAGGCCCGCCGCCACCGCCCCACCCCCAACAACUUCUCCGCCAGGUACGUCCCCUUCGACGCCGUCGCCGCCGGCGUCUCCUCCCCGGACGAGUCCUACUCCCUCGACGAGAUCGUCUACCGCAGCCGCUCCGGCGGCCUCCUCGACGUCCAGCACGACAUGGCCGCCCUCGCCAAGUUCGACGGCGCGUACUGGCGCCGCCUCUUCGACUCCCGCGUCGGCCACACCACCUGGCCCUACGGCUCCGGCGUCUGGUCCAAGAAGGAGUGGGUGCUGCCGGAGAUCGACGACGACGACAUCGUCUCCGCCUUCGAGGGAAACUCCAACCUCUUCUGGGCCGAGCGGUUCGGCAAGCAAUUCCACGGCAUGAAUGAUCUGUGGGUGAAGCACUGCGGGAUUUCCCACACCGGAAGCUUCAAAGACCUGGGCAUGACCGUCCUCAUCAGCCAGGUCAAUCGCCUCUUCAAGCUCCAACGACCUGUCGUUGGCGUCGGCUGCGCCUCCACCGGCGACACGUCGGCCGCUCUCUCCGCGUACUGCGCCUCCGCCGGCAUCCCCUCGAUCGUGUUUCUCCCGGCGAAUAAGAUCUCCAUGGCGCAACUGGUCCAGCCGAUCGCGAACGGGGCUUUCGUGCUGAGCAUCGACACCGAUUUCGACGGCUGUAUGAAGCUGAUCAGGGAGGUGACGGCGGAGCUGCCGAUUUACUUAGCGAAUUCGUUGAACAGUUUGAGGCUGGAGGGGCAGAAGACGGCGGCGAUUGAGAUACUGCAGCAGUUUGACUGGGAGGUGCCGGAUUGGGUGAUAGUUCCGGGAGGGAACUUGGGGAACAUAUAUGCAUUUUACAAGGGGUUUAAAAUGUGCCAGGAGUUGGGGCUGGUGGAUAGGAUUCCGAGGCUUGUUUGUGCUCAGGCGGCGAAUGCCAACCCGCUCUACUUGCAUUACAAGUCAGGGUGGAAGGAUUUCAAGGCGGUCACGGCCCAGACUACUUUUGCUUCGGCUAUACAGAUUGGUGACCCUGUCUCGAUCGAUAGGGCCGUGUAUGCCCUCAAGAACUGCGAUGGGAUAGUGGAGGAAGCUACCGAGGAGGAGCUGAUGGACGCAAUGGCGCAGGCUGAUUCCACUGGGAUGUUUAUAUGCCCGCACACCGGGGUGGCUCUGACGGCAUUGGAUAAGCUCAGGAAGAGCGGGGUUAUUGGAGCUGGUGAUCGGACUGUGGUGGUGAGCACUGCUCAUGGUUUGAAGUUUACACAGUCCAAGGUUGACUAUCACUCCAAGGCCAUUCCAGACACGGCUUGCCGGUUUGCCAAUCCAGUCACGGAGGUCAAGGCAGAGUACGGGGCAAUCAUGGAUGUUCUCCAGGGCUUUUUGAAGUCUAAGCAGUCAAAGUGAGCCUGAGCUUUGGUUUUGCUUUUUGGAAUUUGGUAUUACACAGGUUGCUUAUGAUUUCCAGAAAAUUGGUUUUUCGUUAUGUUCUUCACUUCGUAUAUGCUGGGUGAUUAUAAAGUAAAACCAGCCCCUAUAGCAUAGCAGAAGUAAUAAUAUAUGCUUUUGUAAGCGAGAAGGUAGAAUAAGUUUCAUACUAGCGAUGUAACUUUUAUAUUUCUAAUCUCAUACUGAUUACUCUAGUUUCUGUUUCGACUAUAA